AUGGGCGACCGAAGCGGAGUCCGCAUGCCUAAAGCUUGUAAAACAUGUGCCAAGGCCAAAGUACGAUGUGAUCCGGACCCUAAUGACGGGCCAUGCAAGCGUGAGGUGGCUGCGUUAGAGGCCAAGCUGAAUCGGAUGGUGGCCUUACUAGCCGCCUCGGGCCCUAGUACUAUAGAACCUUCUAACGGAGGCCCUUCGCCAGACUUGUCUUCACAAACAGAGGGAGAUGCCGCGAUACCGAGUGAACAGGAAGGUGAAAUCUUCAUGGAAACCUUCCGCACGCGGAUGGUUCCUCUCUUUCCAUUCAUUGUGAUCCCGGACGAUAUGACUGUGGAACAACUGCGACACGAAAAGCCAUUCCUCUACCUGAACAUCUCGAUGGUGGCAUGCCAGAACUCUCCACGCCAGCGGGAGAUCUCCGGUAUUGUAAAGGAGUACGUGGCAGAGCAUAUUGUCAUGAGGGGUGAGCACAGUAUGGACAUGUUACAAGGUCUGCUUGUUCAUCUUGCCUGGUUCAUCUCCAUUUCUCGCUUGCCCCGUCUGGACAUUACUGGGCAAGCCAACGAGAAGCAGAAUGAGGAAAUGAGAAAUAAAGCCCUGGGCAUUGCACAGUUAGAUGCAUUCGUGCAACUAGCAAGAGCACAGGCGAUCAGUAUGGGCUUAAAUCAAGAGCAAAGCAUCAUGAGAAGCCUUGAUAAGCCUAUCGCCUAUCUUGUACAUUAUGGUCUUGCGGCUGAUCAAACUCCGGCUCGCACUCUCGAGGAACGUCGUGCUUACCUAGGGUGCUAUUAUGUGAUUGCGACGUUCUCGGCGUGCGUCAGAGAUAUGGAGCCUCUUCGCUUCACCAAGUACAUGAACGACUGCUGCCAAAUUUUGGAAGAAAGUAUGGAACAUUCUACGGAUGACUUUCUAGUUCAUUUGGUGCGAUCGAUGCACCUUGCCGACAAGAUCAACCGCGCCUUCUCAAAUCACGACUAUGAUUCUUCUACAAGUCUUUCCGCCCCGGUGGGAAUGAGCAUAAAGUGGCAUCAAGCCGAGCUUCAACAACUCAGAGCAUCUUGCUCAUGUAAACCUCCAUACUCAACUAUUUUGUUCUUCCAUUACGACACACUCGAGCUCCUGUUAUACAAAAUCGCUCUCAGCGAAGAACAAUCAGACGCAGAAUACGGCGAAUAUCCAGUAACACGUCUCGGCCUCCUCUUCCGGUGCCUAGAAGCAACCAAAUCCUUCUUUUUCAACUACUAUAGCCUUCCAACUCCUUACUUCCCUUUUUUGCCUUUUACAUCAUGGUGUCAAUACGGGCAAGCUGUCGUCUCCCUGUCCCGCCUGAGUCUCUAUCAAAGCGACCAUGGCGAAUGGGACCGAACAUACGUCGAGACGACAAUCGAUUUCAAUCAGACCGUUGACCAACUAAAGCAGAAAAUGGAAGAAGCAGUUCCCUACAGUCUAUAUAAGGGGAAAAUUCUGCAAUCUGGAGAUGAUCGACCUGAGAUCUAUGGGAGAUUGGAGAAUCGGAUGCAUUUGAUGAAAGAGACACAUCGCAAACGACGGGAAGCACUCGAACAGAGUCAGUCGGAGGCUGAACAGGCUCUACCAGAUUUCAAUUUCAUGUUCAAUUUGCCUAUGAGUACGGGCACUUUCUUUCCGUAUACUGACUUUGGGGAAUUGCCUGAUGCAUUCGGUGAUUCGGGGUAUAAUGUAUUGGGCUUGGUGCUUGCAAACACCAACUCGCAAGGAAGCACCGCUUCCGGGAGACUUCCUGAAAGAAAAUCACCCUCAGGUAUCAACGUACUUAUCAUUGGGGCUGGCGUCGCCGGUCUGCUUGCCUGUCUAGAAUGCUGGCGCCAAGGACAUGAUGUUCGAAUCGUCGAACGAAGCGCCUCGCCAAUUCUAUCCGGUGACGGUUUUACCAUCGGCUGGAGUGCACUACGAGCCUUCCACAACUGGCCAGACAUGGAAGAUGAAGAGGAUCGCAUCGCGAUGGAUAUGUGGGUCUCAUGGCACAAGAUCAACGGCGAGAAGAUCUCCGGCCCUGGUCCCUUUGAACUUCAUGCUGGAAAAUCUAGCGAUGAGACGGUUGAGCCUCCAAAGGUGCACCGACAUAGUCGUCCCAAAUUUCAUAAGAUGUUGUCCGAACAAGUCGAGCGUGCCGGAAUGACUAUUGAGUAUGGCAAGCGGGUAAAGUCUUACUUUGAAAGCAUCGAGAGCAGUAAGGCCGGUGUCAUUCUUGACAGUGGGGAAAUCAUUGAAGCAGACGUGGUCAUCGCAGCAGAUGGGGUUGGAAGCAAGUCCUCGCAAGUCAUAAUGGGAGAGGAAGUCCGGGCGCGCUCUACUGGAUUUUCGAUCUAUCGGGCUGCCUUCCCAGUCGAAUUGGCUCUUGCUGAUCCGGUUGUGGCCGAGCGAUUCCAAGUGCUGGACAAUGGAAAAUUUGUCGCGGAGAUGUGGAUGGGAGACGGGGUGCAUGCGAUGUUUGCGAGAAGUAGAGAUGAAAUGUCGUGGGCAUUGAACUACCCGAGCAGAGAAAACGCGGCCGAGUCAUGGUCGGCUUUGGUAGACCCUGAAACGGUCCUCAAGACCACAGCCAAUAUUUCUGGAUGGGCAGAUGUUGCGGACCGAGUCAUCAAAGCCACACCCAAGGAGCGUCUCCAUGACUUUAAAUUGAUGUGGAGAGAGCCUCAGCCUCGUUGGACCUCCCCUGGAGGCCGUGUUGUACAAAUUGGCGAUGCGGCUCAUACUUUUCUUCCCUCUUCUGGAAAUGGUGGUACUCAAGGCAUUGAAGAUGCCAUCUCCCUGGCAGUAUGCCUGCAUAUAGCAGGAAAGGACAAUGUGCCAUGGGCGACUCGCGUCCACAAUACCCUCAGAUUCGAGCGCGUCGCCUGCCUUCAGAAACUGGGAGUUGUCAACCAUGAACUGCGAAGUCGCUCUUCCAACGCCGAUGUGUCACAAACAAAGCCUGUAGGCCUAUUGGGUUCGUGGAUUUGGAGCCAUGAUCCAGAGCGGUAUGCGAUUGAUAACUACGACAAUGUGCUGGCUCAUUUGAGAGACGGGUCCCCGUUCCAGAGCACCAAUAUCCCACCCGGUCAUGUUUACAAGCCUUGGACUAUCGAUGAGCUCCUGGGAGCAAGGGAGAGUGGGAAGGAGAUUGAAUUGGAUGGGGACUGGGAUUAA